AUGCAAAGAUGCCACGAAGGAACGAUUGAAGACUGUUUGGCGUUUGCAAUCUGUGCCGUAACGAGUCAGCGUCUCAAGAUUGAGCCGUACGCUCGGGAAAUAAGUGCCCAAUGGGCCCAGAAGGCCGAAGACUUUCUCUUACAAAACUUGGAAAGCCCUUCCACUUCUCGACUCCAGGCUCUCAUCUUGAUUGUCCGGUAUAGAGUGGAGGUAGGUCACUUCUCAAGGGCAUUUAUGCUUGCUGCACUAGCGGGGCGAUCGGCCGUUGCGCUCAGACUGAACUACGAGCGUCCUGAAUUGCGUUUCCUGGCCCAAGAAGUGCGGCGGCGACUGAUGUGGUCAUGUUUCGCCCUCGAUGGCAACUUCUCCGUUGGUCUACGAGAAUUCGAGACAUGUCCACCAGAGAACGUCUUCCUCCAACUUCCAUGUCCAGAAACGGCUUUCGAGCAGGAUUCCCCGGUGGAAACAGCCCCGUUGAGGGCAAUAUCUUUCGACAGACCGGAACGCAUCGGGACCUAUGCUGCAUGUAUCAGGCUGGCGGCUAUAAGAACAGACAUUAUGAGACUGACGCGCCGGCUUGCAUCGUCAUUAGUCCCCCCAGAAGAGCUCAUGCACACAGUUCGGCGGUUUGAAGACGAGCUGCAGCACUUAUACCGAAGCCUUGCCGACUCUGAUCGCUACAACCCCAAGAUCUUCUCCUACUGCGAACGACCCGCCCGAAUCCUCAUGGUGCACGAAUGUUGGCACCAAGCAUACACCGAUCUGUAUCGAAUAUUUUUGACCGGCUAUAGAGAGGCCGCUCCCCCUUCGGCUAUGGAAGGCAUCAAUCGUGAAGACAUCCUCCGCAGGCGGACUCUGUGUCUGAAUCACGCUUUAUCAAUUGUCCAGAUCUUUGCAGCAUUUUCAGAGCAAUGUAAAGUUCUGACCAUCGACUUUGACACCGCAAUCUGCGCGUACCAUAGCGCUCGAAUUAUCCUUUUUAGCGCUCAAACAGACGUUGUCACGCAAAGUCUGAGUAUGCCAGCGGCUCUGGAAAAGGCCCGCUUCUGCCAAUCUAUCAUGAACAGGUUUUUUCGUACCUCUCCUGUAGUCGAGCCGAUGAAGAAAGAACUCGAGAUGCUCAUCGCCCGCCAUUCGGCUCAGAACACCAACACUGGCAUACAACUACCGCACCCCGAAGAAGUACUGGAGGACCAUCUGUCAAGGCUUGCAGAUGAAGCUAGGACCAGACAACGCCUGGCAAUCCAUAGUCUGAUAGGCCGAGCAGACUUUGUUGAUGACAGCAAUGAGGUGACCAGUCCCGCACCCCCUCGGGACAAUAGUUCCAACGGCAUUUCCACCGCCUCCCUAAGAUCACAACGCCAGCGUCCGCCGAGAAAUACUAUGACCGUCAAGCCCAACCCUCAAAUCCUUCGCUCUCAGAGUGUCCCUGGCGUGCCCCAGACAGGACAAUCCAAACAGCCGGAUCGUGUCAUCGAAGGUGGAAGCGGGGAGCCAACAAACUAUGCCCUCGAAGACCAGGGCCAAUGGCUGGACGGCAUGCGCCUCGCCUUCAAUCCGUGGAUGGGAUGGCCCGAGACAUUGGAAACAUAUGGAUUUUCUCAAGAUUUAGACGACGAAUACUUCUAG